CACGUCUCUCUGCACAUGUGAACCAUAGGGAGGCCGCGAUAUCGAGUCUUACCUACCAUACUGAUAACGUAUGCCUGCCACAGGAGGACGGAGAAGGCCUGGGGACGUAAAAGGGGGGUCAUGUGGUCCUCCAGUGCUCACCACCAAACAGACAAGACUGACUCUAGGACGUGGGAUGGAGCUGUGGAGGGGUGUGCGAGAGAGAGCACUGUGGCAGAGAGAACAAGAUGCUGCCGGAAUCACCCCAGUUCGCUCCCAGGGUUCCGGAGCAAAAGACACCGACGGGAGGCAACCUCCCUCUUACCAGGAGGUAGAAAUCCGGGUUGAGAAUGGGGAAAUAUCGGGACGGUGGAUUCUUUUUGGCUGUGUUGGCCUCCGUCUUGCCCCUGCACGUUGAACGGCAUGGGUGGAUGUGCAGAGCUAUGCAAAUGUGUUGUGAGUGCUGCACUGGUUGAUGGCGGGGAUGCGAUCCAGACCCAGGCUGGCUGCAUCAAAAAAGGCUUCGGCUGGCUUCUCGGCUCGGAUGGCUCAUCCUUCCAAUCCGUCACCCCCAGUUGGUUUGUUUGCUUCGCUCGCGCUCGCACUCGCGCGCGCGCCGGCUUACUCGGACCUGUUCGCUCUCUCGGAGUUGGGAAUGAGGGGAAGCAUAACCCCGUCAACUCCGAUGAGGAGGCGGUACGAAGUAUAUUGCCCUUGGCAGUCUGGUGCGUUGGAAGGCGAAGUAUUGCCACGGGCCAAGUUUGCGCCGCCGGACAUCCAAUUGCGACGGGGAGACAUCCCAGCACCCCAGUUUCCCCCAUCGCGACAGGAUGCGACAGGAUGCGAUGGGAUGCUGGGAAGCAUUCAACGACCCAUUGAACAGCGAAUAAAUGCGGCAGUGCCUCGCAGUUGACUGCGUUCUCUUUCUCUUCUUCCUUUUCUUCUUUGCGUUCCGUUCUGCAUCAAGCCUAAGCCCACGCCCCCGAAUCCGCCGUCCUACUACCUAUGUCGGCUCAUGCCAUGGCCCGGUCAAGGAUGAUGACGUUGGCAAUUGGAAAUGUGCAAUAAAAAGCCAUCCCAUCAGAUGUAGGCAUCCCCGCUUGGAUUGGGCUGUGCGCUGUGGAGAUGGCGGACUCUUAUCGAUAGCCCACGCCACCCCCCCGUCCAGUGCAGCUGCCCCCCUGCCAUGGCCCCAAAUGGCUCUAGAUGGCCCCAAAGGGUCCAAUGGGCCUCAAAAGACCCAUCCAUGAACAGCCACUAAUCCGAGGAGGGCCUGGCGCCAGGCCUUGUUUCGGCCUCUAGUGUGCGUCUGAGGCGGACGCAGCCUGUUUCUCCAUAUCCUGUGACUCACAUCGUCG